GACAGCUGAUUUUUCCUACAAUGACAGUUACUUGAAAAUCGAAGGAGAGUGCGGGAUGAGAUUGAUUAAUAACAAUGAAAUAAAGUGAAAUUUUCUAACUAUGGAGUUGUUCCGUACAAGCGAGUUCUAUAUUUUCGUUAAUGGUGAACAUUCCCUGUGGUGGGACCGUCAGACCGGAGCAUUCAUUCCCAAAACAGGAUGGGAUCUCACUGACGCAGAGGACCCAGUAUGUCUAGGUACCUGCGCCGGUAUCAUAGGAAAAAUCGAACACAGCCCCUUAAUCGAUCCGAAACUUCUACUAAUCAAAGAAAGUCUUCCAGUAGGCAAACUUCACGGCGAUAACGUCGUUCACAAAAUUAAAUCGGUGGUGUUCCUCCCACUCAGUACGGAGAACACCGAAAUCAUCUUAUCGUCUUGCCACAAGCACAAAUCCAUUGACUUCAAGCAGAACCCUGGCGGGACCAGCUCCCUGUUCGACAUACAGAAAAACACUGCCCUCACGAAAACAUGGGGCACCUUGAAAAACGCUGGGAACACCAUAAAGAACACCACGCAGCAUGCUGCUGCUAUGGCUGCCGCUGGUGUGCAUAAAAAGGGAAACAAUAAGGAUAAGGAUCGGUUCGAGAAGCAGAUUCUCGAGGAGUUUCAUAGAAUUUUCACAGACACAAACUCGUUUUACUAUUCACAUACGACCGAUCUCACAAAUUCCCUGCAAAGGCUGUGCAAACUGGAAAGGGGAAAUUGUAUAGACGAGAAGGCUUUGUGGAAAACGGUGGAUGACAGGUUUUUCUGGAAUAAGCACAUGCUGAAGUGUUUUACAGAAGCAGAGAACCCUUUGUUUGAUCCUUGGAUCCUACCGAUUAUUCAAGGAUAUAUCCAGAUAGAAGACUGCAAAGUAGAAAUGGACAGGGAUCUGAUAGAAACUGGGGAGAAGAGAUAUGAAAUUUUCACAUUGUGUAUUGUUUCAAGAAGAAGCAGGUUUAGGGCUGGAACUAGGUACAAAAGGAGAGGCGUAGAUGAAAAUGGGGAGGUGGCCAACUAUGUCGAAACUGAACAGAUAGUCUGCUAUCAAACCCACGAAGUUUCCUUUGUUCAAGUUAGGGGUUCAGUGCCAAUAUAUUGGUCCCAACCCGGAUAUAAAUACAGACCACCUCCUCGAAUUGAUAAAGGUGAUGCGGAAACAAAAAUAGCCUUCGAAAAACAUUUCUCCAAUGAAAUCCAGAGGUACGGCCCUAUUUGCGCUAUCAAUCUGAUAGAUCAGAGCGGCAAGGAGAGAGUUAUAUUCGAUGCUUACUCCCAUCAUAUCUUGCAAUUCAACAGCCCGUUUGUGACUUACGUAACUUUCGAUUUUCACGAAUAUUGCAGAGGAAUGCACUUUGAAAACGUGUCGAUUUUGAUAAAUGCCGUCAGCGAUAUCCUGAAAGACAUGAAUUAUUGCUGGAAAGACCAACAGGGACACAUAUGCUCGCAAAAUGGUGUCUUCCGAGUGAACUGUAUCGACUGUUUGGAUAGAACGAAUGUUGUACAGACUGCUUUGGGAAAAGCAGUCAUGGAAAUACAGUUCUGUAAGUUGGGUCUGGUGUCUCCUGAAGGCAUUAUGCCGAGUAACAUCAAAAGCACUUUCCAGCUGCUGUGGGCGAAUAAUGGAGAUACCAUAAGCAAGCAGUAUGCAGGGACGAAUGCUUUGAAGGGAGAUUAUACUAGAACUGGUGAGAGGAAGUUUACAGGCAUAAUGAAAGAUGGGAUGAACUCGGCUAACAGAUACUACUUGAGCCGCUUUAAAGAUUCCAACAGACAGGGUACCAUAGACAUCAUGCUUGGCAACUACGUGUCUGAGGACGUAUUCAGCGAGUCUAAGGCAGCCCAGUUCGAAGAAGACAACGUCGCUACUGCAGAACACGUCAAACUCCUCAUAGAAGACUGCAAGAAAAUGCUGAUAAACCAACCCGAACAAGUGGUGGGAGCCUGGGGACUCAUCAACGCAGACCCCUCCACUGGGGAUCCCAACGAAACCGAAAUGGACUCUGUUCUGAUCCUCACCAAAGACUCUUACUUUGUCGCCGACUAUGAUGACGAAGUCGAUAAAAUUACCAAGUACCAGAGGGUGCUGUUGCAAGAUAUUAUCCUCAUCGAGUUUGGUAUGGCGGAGUCUAAUAGUUCCUUGUUCAAGUCAUCGAAGCAUAGAUAUUCGAUAAGGAUUAACUAUAAGGUUAACGGUGUUAGCGGGUACUACCACAUGUUCCGAUCUACCAAUUUCAGGUUUUUCAAUAACAUGGUGGUGGUUGUCAAAAACUUGGAGGAGGAAGUUGAAUCACUCAAAGCUAUCUGCGAAGGAUUUCUCGUAGCGAUGGACAUUGGUGGGAUACCUCCCGUUCCAUUCAAACAGAGAGAACCAUUAGACAGGCGAAAAUCCAAAGUGCUUAACAGUAGUUUGUCCAACAACAACAUUUACUUGGACAUAUCGACUUUGCCACAAAUGACAAGGAACGUUUCUGAAAGUCAGCUGUUAUCCUUGAAGAAUGUUGGUUCGAAGGCACUAUCAAAUAUGACCCAGCAGUUUUCUAAGCUAAAUAAAAUCGGUAGUUCGUUCAAAUCUAGCAAAUCGAAGCAGAAACCCGAUUUUAGAGUGGGCCAAAAAAUCCGCAACGAAACUUCCAGCGAUUCUGAAGAGGAGUAUGAAAACUCUAUUUUCCAACCUCAUAUCAACGAAGAAAGUGGCACUUCUCUUCAGUAUGUCACGGAUUAUAGCUGCAAUAGGAGCAUAGAACAAGGUUUGGAAGCUAUGGAAGACACAGUAUUAUCAACUACAAGCUUGGACAGCUUCUUACCAGGCGUAGGUAUAGUGAUGUGUAAUCAGAAUGAUGGCGCCACAGUUGAUAGUGUCUUAGAGACAAAACACAAUUUACUGAACAGAGCCGAUUCUUCCAAUCUCGACGACGUCCAGUUAUCGAGCAUAAUGCAGAGCGCUUCUAUAAACUCAGACAUGAAUCCAGCCCCGGAGAUCCAAAUUAACUCCGAAGGUUUGGAACCUUCCAAGAAACCUCCGAAUUCGCUGAUGUUGGACAAGAAACUCAGUCGAUCCUCAGUGGAGGUUUUCGACAAGAAAGACAUGGCGGAUUACAAACCAAUUGAUCGUUCCAGUUCGGAUUACCAGGUGCAGUUGAACAUAACACAAUCGCAAAGUGAGUCAGCUUUGAAGAAACUCAACAUGCCGAGUCCCAUCGGAACCGCUACCAAGGAUCUGGCUAGUAAAUUCGCCAGAGGCGUCCAGAAUAUCGGAGCCAACCUGGACCCCAGGAAAUUGACCGGGCAAGUCAGACAUGUGUCUGAAAAGGAAAUGGACGACCAAAGAAAAUUGCAAGAAAAGUGGCAACACAGCAAAACUAGAUUGGUUGCACUAUGAGAUCGAAUUUAGAACAUAGCUUGAAUCGUUUAGGGAAUUUGUUCACUUAUUUGGCACCUAAUUGAAACCAAGGAAAAGUCAAUUAGGAUUUAUCAAAAUAUAACUUCCAAAACUUGAAAGAAUACAAAUUGUGAAUUUUAGGAGGUGUGUCCUCGUAACUGAAGCUCCAUAGAGUAAUUUUAGGUUAGUUGUCUGUACCUCUAACCUCAAUCUAGGAGUCCCAAUCUCUUUUCAGUAGUGACGAAUUAAUUUUAGGAGCCUCAUCUUCAUCCGGAGAAUAUUUUUUCUUCUUUGAAUGGUUGAAGUUGCAUUAGAAAAAAAUAGAUGUGAUUUGAUGGUUAUAACCUCAUAAAGAAGUUUUAUAAGGACAAAAUACAAGCACUACAGGAAAAUCCUUAAGGGGCAUGCCUGUGGGAGUCCUGGAUUCAUUUAGGGAGCAAAUUUGAGGAUUCUAACCUCACUUAAGGGGACGCCUGCACAUGAUAAUGAAUAUUGAACAUUCUGCAUAUUAAAAGUUAAAACGUUGUUUUUGAUUGGGUGCCAGAGUCAUAUUUAUAGCAAACUUAGCUUGGAAUGGCUAAAGUAGUGAUCGUACAUUAGUGUGAUAUUUACAUAAUGUUUUGAAGUAUUUAUUUAAUGAUUGUUCGUAUAUACAUUCACAGUUGGCAGUA